AUGUUCAAAGCCUGUCUUCUUCUCUCGAUCUUCGCGAUGGCACUCGCCAAGGAUAGCCUUCACAUGAGCAUUGCAAAGCAGGCUCUUAGAAGUAUUAACCGAAAUGUAAUGACGCAGGACUACAACCAGUUGAAGUCGCUUUUCUAUAAGAAGAGCACCUAUUCUGUGUGCAAGCAAUCCGGAAACUUCUACACCCUUGCCGCCUAUUUGAAGAAGCAUGCUGUGAAGCCUCUCAACAUUGAAUUCCGCGUCGACUACGUCCAGCCGCUGGAUAAUGGAGGACUUCGCUUCCGAUUCUCCGAAGUGUACCUCCUUGACGAUUACGCGACUCUUAUUGUUGCUCAAGGAACAAUCGACAUGAUUUUGGACAUCGAGAAUCUGCAAUACAAGAUUGAAAAAAUUCUACAAGACUGCCCAAAGAAAAUUGAGGAAUCGCCAUUCAAGCACCAGUCGAUCGAAUUCAGAAGAAAAAUGCUCCGAACCAUCAAGGACAAAUUGAGAAAAUAA